UCGAUUUUGGUAGUAGGUUGGAAUCACGCCUUUCACACAUUCACGUCAAUAAGCCUGUUGUACCAGCAUCCAUAAACAGUUAUGGCAGGAGAGGGAUGUGAACACAUUGAUUUAUUCGAAAAGCUACCUCAAGAAUGCAUAGAAGAGGUUGUUUCGCGUGUUGGCCCUAUGGAGGUAUGUAGGCUGUCUGCUGUUUGUAAAAGGUUUCUAUCGGCUGCUGAAUCAGACCUCGUCUGGGACAGAUUUUUGCCCUCUGAUUAUCAACAAUUACGUGAUCGGGCCGAUGCUUUUCCCAAUAUUAAAUUUGCUCACAAGAAAGAUUUGUUUCUGUUUCUCAUCGGCAAUCAUGUCAGCAUGGAUGGAAAUACCAUGUGUUUUUGGUUAAGCAAGAGGACGGGGAAGAAGUGUUUUCUUACAGCUAUUUCAAUCGUAGGUGAUGUUGAAGAAGUAUAUUUCGAGGAUGACGGGCCUUACGGCUGGUCUCGUGUUAAAGAUGAAAGAUCCAGGAUUCAGGGUUGUUUUACUUUAUGUGAACAUGUUGAAUUGUUCGGAAUCCAGGGAAAGAUGAGCACCUCCGUACUAUCACCAAAUACUACCUACACAAUUUAUCUUGUCUGUCAUUCGCGGAAAUAUGUUUUAAUCAACAAUUUUGAUGAACCCGUAGAAGUUUCCAUAGCGAUUGAUGGCGUUGAAAGCAUUAAACAUAUUGUUUAUCUGGACCGGCGUAAGAUGAGGUCGAAAGGGGAUAAUGAUCUCCGAUAUCCGCAACAGAGAAAAGAUGACAGGUUCGAAGUUGAGUUAGGAGAAUACUUCAACAAAGGAGGAGGAGAGGUGAGUUUGGAGAUCACUAUGACGGAAGUAAGAAGUGGCAAGUUUAAGUCUGGACCGACUAUGGAAGGCUUUGAAUUCCGACCAAUUAGGAGCACCAAUGCACUUUCAUGAUGCUCUUAUUUUAGUUUUCUUAUAUCUGUUUACCAUUGAUUUUUUAAGACCUGCACCUGAGUAAAAAGAC